CUAACCCCCUCGUAACCCGAUCACUUCCGUAUGCCACCAGCCACAAUUGAUACCUUCACAACAUGACCAUGACAAUCCUCGAAACCCCUCCUCAAGACUGGCGCGCCAUCGUCGCCCACAAGCGCAAGCAGCUCGACGCCCAAAUCCCCCCGGCCUGGCGUCUGAGCGAGCACUUCCAGGCCUCCCUCCCAGCCAACGGCCACCUCCUAGCCUUCAACGCCGUUUCCAAAAGCAACAUCCUUACGCCCGAGGAACUCGACCUUACCGAGAACUACACAGCGGGACAAUUGCUCCAGCGCCUCGCCUGGGGCGAUAUCAGCUCCGAGGCCGUGACGACGGCAUUCUGCAAGCGGGCUGCUGUUGCGCAGCAGUUGACAUCCUGUCUGACCGAGCACUUCUUCGAUCGCGCUUUGGAACGAGCCCGGUAUCUGGACGAUUAUCUCCGACGGGAAGGGAGGGUCGUUGGCCCGCUGCAUGGGCUACCGGUGAGUCUCAAGGACAGUUUCCGCGUGAAGGGCGUGGAUACCAGUGUCGGCUAUGUUUCGUUUCUGAGCCAUGGGCCGGCCAAGACGAAUGCCGCGUUGGUGCAGAUGUUGCUUGAUUUGGGGGCUGUGUUGUAUGUGAAGACGAAUGUGCCGCAGACAAUGAUGACUGGCGACUCGGACAACAACAUCUACGGCCGCACGCUCAACCCGCACAACACGCACCUGACAGCCGGCGGCUCGACAGGCGGCGAAGGCGCGCUCGUCGCCCUGCGUGGCUCCAUCCUGGGCGUGGGCACCGACAUCGCCGGCUCGAUCCGCAUCCCCGCCCUCUGCUGCGGCGUCUACGGCUUCAAGCCCACGACCACCCGCAUCCCCUUCGGCGGCCAGUCCAGCGGCGCCAUGGAAGGCCUGCCGGGCAUCGUGCCGUCAGCCGGCCCGCUCGCACACUCGCUCGACGACCUCGAGCUCUUCACGGCCACCGUCCUCGACGCCUCGCCCUGGCGCUACGACAGCGCCGCCACCACAGCCCCGUGGUCCACCACCAAACAGCACCAGCACCAGCAACAGCUCCUCACAAUCGGCGUCUUAGGAGAGUGCAAGGAUUUCCCACUGCACCCGCCCGUCCAACGAGCCCUGGACAACGCAGUCGCCGCAUUGAGGAAAAAGGGCCAUCGCAUCAUACACCUAACCCCAACGAGCACCACCACGACAAAAACACCCUCCUCCUCCACAACCCUAGCCCUAGCCACCGACCUCGCGCACGCCAACCGCCUCGCCUUCCAAUACUUCACCUACGGCCCCGGGACAGACCACAUAAGUGCCAGCGGCGAACCGCCGGUCCCCUCCGUUGCGCAAGCCGCCUCCCCAAUGUUCACAGGACCCUUCCCGAUCCCAAUGGACGCGCAAACCGACCCGUUCACCCUGAUCGACGCCCUCCACAGCGCCCGCCAGGAAUACAGCGACGCAUGGCGCGACACAUUCAUCGAGAACCACCUGGAUAUUGUCCUCGCUCCGGGGGCCCAGAAUACCGCCGUGGAGUGGGAUACCUUUGGGUGGCCGCCUUAUACCCUUGUGUGGAAUUUGGUGGAUUAUCCCGCCUGCAUUAUUCCCUACGGCGUUGCGUCGAAAGAUCUUGAUCCUGAGCCUAUGGUGGUCGAGGAUGGCGUGCAGCCGAGUUAUCAUCCUGAGGCGGUGGACGGCGCCCCCUGCGCUAUCCAGGUGAUUGCGCCGCGCUUCCAAGAUGAACUUUGUUUGGCGGCUGCGGGGAUCGUUGAUCGGGAUAUUCGGUCGUACUAG